UGUUUAUGAGUAGAAAGGCUAGUAGAAGAGCAGCAAAUAUUCACUUUCGUUUUCUUUCAACAAAUUUCACUUCAUUUCUUUCAUCACACACACGUACACACAAAAAGGAUUAAGAGAAAACCCCGGAUCGGGUCGGGGGUGAAAGAAAAGAUGGAUCAAGAAUCGGGUUGGGAAGAACUGAGAAAAGAAGCAAGAAAAAUAGAAGGAGAUCUUGAUGUUAAACUUAAUUCUUAUGCUAAGCUUGGUGCCCGUCUCACUCAAGGAGAUGCCGAAACACCAACUAUGGGGUCCAACCGUUCAUGGAAGUCAAUGGAGAUGGAAAUACAGUCGUUAAUUGAGAAGUUGCUGGAUGUCAAUGAUUCAAUGAGUCGAUGUGCUGCAUCUGCAACACCUACUACUUCAGUCACUCAAAAGUUGGCAAGGCACAGGGAUAUACUUCAUGAGUUUAGCCAGGAGUUCAGACGAAUCAAAGGAAACAUAAGUCAAAUUACGGAGCAUGCUGAGCUCCUAAGUUCUGUAAGAGAUGAUAUCAGUGAGUACAAGGCAGGGGGGAACAUGUCACCGAGAAUGCAGAUACUAAGGGAGCGAGCUGCUAUCCAUGGAAGCAUAGCACAUAUGGAUGAUGUGAUAACUCAGGCUCAAACAACAAGAGCAGCCUUAGGCUCUCAGAGGGCAAUGUUUGGUGAUGUUCAAGGGAAAGUUAAACAACUAAGUGACAAGUUCCCCAUUGUUCGUGGCCUGAUUGGUUCUAUUAGAAGGAAGAAAUCAAGGGACACUCUUAUCCUAUCUGCUGUCAUUGCAGCUUGUACGUUGUUUCUCAUUAUAUACUGGCUUUCAAAGUGAAGAGGGUUAUGUUAUUACGGUAAAAGUAAAAUACAAUGUUGUAUUCCAAAGAAAUUUUGCUCAAUUUGUUAUAAGAUUCGGCUCUUGGAUACA